AUGUGGAAUGACUGUGAACACCGUGACAUAUCCACCAAAGCAGGCCACAGGGGAGUGCUCGAUGUGGAUGAGUGCAGGCAAAUGCAUGAUGUGAUAAGGAAAAUAUUAUUUCUAAGAGGACUAGGCCCUCAAUCUCUGGGAAGCAAGGUAUACAGUAAUGUAGAGGUUGGAAGACCUGGACUGGGGUACUUCAGAAACAAGCAGAUGAUGCUGAAGGCACAGGUUUAUGAUGAGACUACUAAAGUAAUAUUCCAACCUGGAGCAGAUUCAAGUUACCAACAAGAUGACUUGUUCAAUUUCAACCACAUCAACCUUAUGAAAAAGCCGCAGGGUACAGUCUCAGAUUAUGGCAAAGACAACUUCACUCAGCGUACUAGAGAUGUUCCAUAUUCCCUCAACAAUUCAAAGCCAGAUAUCUAUGCUGCAGUGCACUUCAUUGGCUCGGAAGCCAAUCCAAAGCCUCCGCUGCCUAACCUGACUGAACACACUGAGAUCUCUGUGAAGCCUCAAAUCCCUGGAUGUCCUGAUCAUGAGGUGUUAUGCGGCAGGCUCCUUGUAAACAAACCCAUCACCAAGACAGUAUGGCAAAGAACUCAAGACUUGAUCAAUGUUUUUCUGACUAAAGCUCUCUUUGCGGAAGGCAUCAACCAGGAUGUCUAUGACCAUGGGUUUUCAACUUUGUUCAAUGAUUGGGGUCAGCAUGAGAUCCUGCACUGGAACUUGGCCCACACCAUCAAACUUGAUUUUGACAACUUUUGCGUGAAGCGUCAAGCAGAACAUCCCAAUCAAUCUUCACCUAUUCAUCAACCUAAUUUGCACAAAUUACUAUCAAACUGUCCAUUUGUACCAUAG